AUGGCUUGUCCUUUUUUGCCGGAGGUCGAAGAUGAAGAGGCGCUGAUCUUGCGUAGGGCACUGAGAAGGGAAAGGGUGUUCAGGGACAGGUAUGACCCCUUUGCUUUCGAUGAUGAUCGGUUAUAUGAGCGAUACAGAUUUUCGGGGGACGGUCUACGCUACAUUUGUAGUCUGCUUGGCCCCCGAAUUUCACACCGCACCGCAAGGAGCCAUGCCUUACCAGUGCCACAAAUGGUGUGUAUCGCUAUGAGAUUCUUUGCAAGUGGUUCGUUCCUGUAUACAGUUGGCGAUGCAGAGAAUCUCAGCAAAGCCACUGUGUGCAGGACAAUCCGCAAAGUAUACCUUGCCCUCAAGACUCUGGCGCCUGUAUUCAUCAAGUUCCCAGGACACAAGGAACUAAAAUAUAUAAAGGAGGACUUCUACCAAAUUGGCGGAUUCCCAAAUGUAAUUGGUGCUCUUGACUGUACCCACAUCAAGAUCAAAAAGCCCUCAGGAGACCAUGAGGGGGACUUUGUGAAUAGAAAGUGGUACCACAGCAUCAAUGUUCAAAUGAUCUGUGAUGCUGACUUAAUACUCACCAACGUUGUGGCAUUGUGGCCAGGGUCGGCACAUGACGCUAGGAUAUUUAGAUCCUGCUCGCUGGCCCAGAGGCUGGAACUAGGUGAAUUCCCUGGCCUGCUCCUCGGGGACAAAGGCUAUCCAUGCGAACCUUAUCUCCUGACCCCGUUCCCAGAGCCCCAGACCCCUGCUGAAAGACGCUUCAACUACGCCCAUGCCCGUACCAGGGCAAGAAUCGAAAUGGCGUUCGGGGUCCUGAAGGCCCGAUUUCAGUGCCUGCACCACCUCAGGGUCAAACCGGACAGAGCAUGCGACAUCACUGUCGCAUGCUCUGUCCUGCAUAACAUCGCAUGCAUCCGAAAAGAAAGGGCUCCCACAGUGGAAGCGAUGCAGGAGUGGGAUGACAUCCCACAUGGAUACCCAGACAACCCUGAGGGGACUGCUUCUGAACAAAUGAAGACCAACCUGCUAUGA